AUGAACAGAGUUUUCGGUUUAGUUUUACUGUGUUACGUCAGUGCGAUAGUGUUCUUCUUGAUUACUUCCGGAGAGGCCAACAAUACCCACAACAGAUUUCGAAGAUAUCUGAGCUUCAGGAAUAUAUCCCAUUUCUUUCUCCGUGUGAAUUUCAAAGCUAAUAUGGUGCCGUGGAAUCAGCUUUUUGCCCAAGCAGUCGGUUUCCGUGUGAAUUGGGAUGAGCCACCAGACUCCUUUCAUCCUUAUCAUAGACUUUACAGACGAGACCUUUAUCGUCAUAUGGAAACAGUCUUGGACAGGAACGGCCUUAAUGGCUUCCAUUGCGUGAGACGAGCUAUUUGCGAAAUGGAAAUGAUCUCGCAGCCCACCGAAAUAUAUCACAGGAUUUUAAAAAUGGUUUUUAGGCGUCAAUCAUCGUCUACAGACAAAUGGCACAAUAAAACGGAAACAGAAUGUCAAAACUCCAUAAAUUCGUGCCCCUUCUCAGUAUUAGAAGUGUCGCAGUUCACUGAUGUUGCAUAA